AUGUCAAAAACGAUCACGGUAAUGAUGCCGUAUCUGCCGUAUUCGAAGCAAUGCCGUAUGCUACGUCGAUCAUCGAUUCCCAUGAAGCUUAUUGCAGAAAUGAUUUGUCGUGCUGGUGCAUCACGUUUGGUGUCUUUGGAUCUUUACAAAAAAGAAAUUCAAGGAUUCUUUUCGAUUCCUGUGGAUAAUCUCCGUGCGUCACCAUUUCUUCUCCAGUAUAUCAAAGAAUAUAUUCCCGACUACAAAAAUGCGAUCAUCGUAGCGAAAUCUCCUGGUGUAAUGAACAAGGCGACUUCAUAUGCAGAUCGACUUCGACUUGGUAAGUGUUCCCUUUAUAAGACCUCGUUGUUGUUCUAUUGUGGGUUUUAG